GUGUACAAUCCGCGCACAGCUCAACAAGCUUCACUUCACUCUUCCACCGAGUGGUUGAUGGCAGCCUUGAUUGUUCAUUUAGAAUGCCGGAUGCGUUUUGUUCAUUAAACAAAGUGCGCGCGCGCGUGUUUCCAGGUUGUUUUCACAGGACAGAAACAAGAUCAAAGUGCAGAAGUUUAUUUUUGGAAUCUCUGGGUGAAUCAGAGUUUGCGCUGCAGGUCCGGACUGACAGGGGUGCGCGUCAGACCACACAUACCCGCCUUCUGACCGGAGCGCUCGCUUCGUCUCUGUCCAGCCGUCCGCUUUAAACCCGGAUUCCACUUGGACGGACGAGAGAGAGGGAGAGAGAGAGGGAGAGAGAGAGGGACCAAAGAGAAGACGAGCACAAGAAGCAAGGAAAAGCGGAGUAGCGACGCAAAUGGCACUCAUGGCAGGAAUCUGGUUUACGGUCUCCUUUCUGGUUUCUGGAGUUUCAGCACUUCUUGGUUCCUCUGCUCGGAUUUACCCCCAAAAUGAAGUCACGUUGCUGGACUCCAGAUCUGUUCAGGGGGAGCUGGGAUGGGUCGCGAGCCCGACCGAAGGAGGGUGGGAGGAAGUGAGCAUUAUGGAUGAAAAGAACAUCCCCAUCCGGACGUACCAGGUGUGUAAUGUCAUGGAGUCGAACCAGAACAACUGGCUCCGUACGGACUGGAUCCCCCGCGGAGGUGCCCAGCGUGUCUACAUCGAGAUCAAGUUCACUCUUCGGGACUGCAACAGUCUACCGGGAGUCGUGGGAACCUGCAAAGAGACCUUCAAUCUCUACUACUAUGAAUCCAACAACGACAAAGAGCGCUACAUUCGUGAGAACCAGUUCAGCAAGAUAGACACCAUUGCUGCGGAUGAGAGCUUCACUCAGGUGGACAUUGGUGAUCGCAUCAUGAAGCUGAACACGGAGGUCCGCGAUGUGGGUGCCUUGACCCGGAAGGGUUUCUAUCUGGCAUUCCAGGAUGUUGGAGCAUGCAUUGCUCUUGUUUCUGUCAGAGUCUUCUACAAGAAAUGUCCUCUGUCCGUGCGCAACCUGGCCCAGUUUCCUGACACCAUCACUGGGGCUGAUACAUCCUCACUGGUGGAAGUUCGGGGCUCGUGUGUGGAUAAUUCAGAAGAGAAGGAGGUUCCUAAGAUGUACUGUGGAGCUGAUGGAGAGUGGUUGGUGCCCAUAGGGAACUGUCUGUGCAACCCUGGAUAUGAGGACCGCAACUCGGAAUGCCAAGCCUGUAAGAUUGGUUACUACCGUGCUCUGGCCACCGAUGGUUCCUGCUCCAAAUGUCCACUACACAGUUACUCCAUCAGGGAAGGCUCCACGUCUUGUGCCUGUGACAAGGGAUUCUUUCGGUCUGAAACAGACCCUGCAUCCAUGCCCUGCACCCGCCCUCCUUCUGCCCCUCUUCACCUCAUCUCUAAUGUGAACGAGACUUCUGUAAACCUGGAGUGGAGCCCUCCUCAGAGCUCGGGGGGGCGUCAGGACUUGACGUAUAAUGUUGUGUGUAAACGCUGCGGACCCGAUGGUCGCCGAUGCCAACCCUGUGGAAACGGCAUUCACUUCAGCCCCCAGCAGCUGAGCCUGAAGGGAACCAGGGUGUCCAUCAACGAGCUGCAGGCCCACACCAACUACACCUUUGAGGUGUGGGCAGUGAACGGUGUUUCAACCCAGAGGCCGGGGCCAGAGCAGGCUGUGUCUGUCACCGUCACCACCAACCAGGCGGCUCCGUCUCCAGUGACAUCAAUCCAGGCCAAGGACAUCACCAGACACACCAUCUCACUAGCAUGGCAGCCACCAGAAAGAGCGAACGGGGUAAUCCUGGAGUACGAGGUCAAGUAUUAUGAGAAGGACCAGAACGAAAGGAGUUACAGGAUCAUAAAAACGUCGUUCAGGAAUGCCGACAUCAAAAGUCUCACCCCGCUAACCUCUUACGUCUUCCAUGUGCGCGCCCGGACUGCAGCUGGUUAUGGGGAUUUCAGCGGCCCCUUUGAAUUCAUGACCAACUCAGUUCCAUCUCCCAUCAUCGGCGAUGGAGCCAACUCCACAGUGUUACUGGUAUCGGUGGUGGGCAGCGUGGUUCUCCUCCUCAUCCUCAUCAGCGCUUUCGUCAUCAGCCGAAGAAGGAGUAAGUACAGCAAGGCCAAGCAGGACUCUGAUGAAGAGAAACACUUGCAUCAAGGAGUAAGGAUUUAUGUUGACCCCUUCACCUACGAGGAUCCAAAUCAGGCGGUCAGGGAGUUCGCCAAAGAGAUAGACGCAUCCUGUAUCAAGAUUGAGAAAGUCAUUGGCAUCGGGGAGUUUGGUGAGGUCUGCAGUGGCCGACUGAAGAUGCCGGGCAAGAGAGAGAUCUGCGUGGCCAUAAAGACGCUGAAGGCCGGUUACACCGACAAGCAGCGAAGGGACUUCCUGUCCGAAGCCAGCAUCAUGGGCCAGUUUGAUCAUCCCAAUAUCAUCCACCUGGAGGGUGUGGUCACCAAAUGUAAGCCAGUGAUGAUUAUCACGGAGUACAUGGAAAACGGAUCGCUGGAUGCAUUCCUGAGGAAGAACGACGGUCGCUUCACAGUCAUCCAGCUGGUUGGGAUCCUGCGUGGUAUUGCGUCUGGUAUGAAGUACCUGUCAGAUAUGAGCUACGUUCACCGUGACCUGGCAGCUCGCAACAUCCUGGUCAACAGCAACCUGGUGUGUAAGGUGUCUGACUUCGGCAUGUCUCGAGUGCUGGAGGAUGACCCGGAGGCAGCGUACACCACCAGGGGAGGAAAGAUCCCGAUCCGCUGGACGGCCCCCGAGGCCAUCGCUUACAGGAAGUUCACUUCCUCCAGUGAUGUAUGGAGCUAUGGCAUCGUCAUGUGGGAGGUGAUGUCAUACGGCGAGCGCCCAUACUGGGACAUGAGCAACCAGGAUGUGAUUAAGGCGAUCGAUGAGGGUUACAGGCUGCCCCCGCCCAUGGACUGCCCCAUGGCUCUCCACCAGCUCAUGCUGGACUGCUGGCAGCGGGAGAGGGCAGACCGGCCAAAGUUUGGACAGAUUGUCAACAUGCUGGACAAACUGAUCCGCAACCCCAGCACUCUGAAGAGAACCGGAGGAGAGACCACUGUCAGGCCCAACGCCACCCUGCUGGAGCCUGGGAGCCCUGAGGCAUCUUCAGCAGCAGGGACUGUGGAGGACUGGCUGCAGGUCAUCGGCAUGGAGCGAUACCGCAAUAACUUCACUGCAGCUGGCUACACCAGUCCAGAAGCUGUGGUUCACAUGACUCAGGAGGACAUGGCCCAGAUAGGCAUUUCCUCAGCAGCACACCAGAACAAGAUCCUGACCAGUGUCCAGAGUAUGCUGUCCCAAAUGCAGCAGAUUCAAGGCAGAAUGGUCCCUGUCUGAGAAAAAGUCAGAAAAACCCGUUAAAAAGACAUUUUGUAUGAAAGAACACGAUAAAAAAAAGUUUAAAAAGACACAAAACUAUGAACUAAUAGUUUACCUCAUCCAUGCACUUUAAAUUUGACCUGAAAGAAAAGAAGACGUUGAAAAAACGUGGCUAAAAGGGCACUUUUUCCCCAAGAAACUGACCUUUACUUCACCUUUUUUAAGAGCAGGACUCUGCAGCAGCAUUGAAUGGAUGGACGGACGGCUGAAAAUUUUCUUCCGAGAGACCAAUCUGGAGUGCCUUUAAAGGUUCGGAAGGACGGAGGAGAGUGGAAUGUGGGGGCGAUCCGACAUUUCUUCCUCAUUUUGGGGCAAAAUUUAUUUGUUUUUUCUUUAUUUGUGGAACAAUCGGAGGAGCAGAUCUUUUGGAUUUCCUGUGACUGUGUUUCCUUUAAAUGAAAUUCUUUCUGCGGGACUCGCAGACUGUCCUGGACACCAUGUUUCUUCUCUCUGCUGGAUCUGUUUGACAUCUCUCAGACAAGAUGGAGGCUCCCACCUGUCAGGUAGAAGCUCUCCGAGAGGUCGAGGGCUGUUUCUGGGGAGGCUGCUGGUGCUGGGAUGGCUUUCUGUGGGUUUGUUUGGACCUUUUGGGGAAGGGGCUCUCUUCCGACCUUGUUUCCCCCGAAUACUGGAUUUUGUUGCCCUCGGGACAAUACUUAGGAUGUUUUUGAUCUUCCAAAGGAGCCUUCCCACUCCCCAGUCUUCCCCUUUAAGAAAAGAACAACGAUGAAAGCCCACGUACAGUCAGAAACUCUCACUCUUACAUCAGAAUGGAAGCUCUCACUUGACCUCAGCUGCCGGAGCGGCCGACUCUUCCCCACCGCUCUGACCCACAUCACUUCAGCUCUACUGCUCAUUUAAACUGGAGGCCAGAUGAAGGGAUUAUUGGAAUUAUUUUAUCUUUCCUUAAAGAAGCAGGACGGGGACAGGACCAAUCACAAUCAGCAAUGGCUACUAAACAGGAGAAGAAAGGAACACGUCAGUGAGCUGCUGCCGUCCAUCACACACAGGAACUUGGCUCCACUCGCCACGACUGGAAUUCCACCCGCUCUUCCUCUUCAUCGUCCUUCUUCCUCGUCCUCUGUAUUCCCUGUCCCAAGGGAUAUUUGAGGGUUUUUCCUUUAACUAGAGGACGGAUAAUCCUCGAGCUCCCGGGAGGCUCAUAGCAUGUCAACAUGACAGACUAGCAGUCCCGUGCUUGUGACCCUCCAGCGAUGAAAAAGAGUUGAUACGAACGAUUCAAUGAUUCAGUCCAAAAAAAGAAUGUAAGAGAAAAGCUCAGCUCCGCGGGAUGACGUACGCUUUUAGGAAGUCUCAUAGAACUCGUGAGCUGUAGUUUUUUAUUCGCUCUGUUUGCAUGUGGAGUAAGAAGGGUCUGAUUUGUGUGUGUGUGCGUGUGUGUGUGUGUGUGUGUGUAUGAGUGACAAACUGAUUUUCUCUGUUUUAAUUAAACUGUAGAAAAAAAUCGAAUUGUACAGUUUUUAUUUUUUAAAAAUCAAUAGUUGUUUUUGUCACCAUUAGAAAAACAAGAGCAGCAAGUAAGGUGUUGCUUUCCAAGUGCAGACUCUUCAGCACAAACAUUUCCUGAGCUUGGGGAUGGAGGGAAACCCAUUCCUGCCCUGCAGCAACAGCAGCUGCAGACGGACACACGGAGACGCAGCAGAGCGGGACUAAAAGUCUCCGGUGCACACGGGACAAAGCUGAAUUUGAACGGUUGGGCAGCCAUCUUAGAUGGAAGAUGGAGGACAAACCUGAAGGGGUGCAAGAUGGGUAUCCUACAGCUACCAGUUUGACCCAGUGGACCACACCCGCUCUGUGUGAAUGUUACUGAACUCAACAGAGAAGCAUCGUUUAGAGUAAACACCUCCAUCCUUAACGCAGUGCUGCAGCUCUCUCUCUCUCUCUCUCUCUCUCUCUCUCUCUCUCUCUCUCUCUCUCUCUCUCUCUCUCUUCUCUCUCUCUCUCUCUCUCUCUCUCUCUCUCUCUUUCUCUCUUUCUCUCUCUCUCUCUCUCUCUCUCUCUCUUUCUCUCUCUCUCUCUCUCUCUCUCUCUCUCUCUCUCUCUCUCUCUCUCUCUCUCUCUCUCUCUCUCUCUCUCUCUCUCUCUCUCUCUCUCUCUCUUUCUCUCUCUGAUAGUUUGCUGGUUUUGUUGUUUGUUUCGGGGAGGGGAGGGGGGUGUCUAUAUGAAACGGACCUGUUUGGAAAUCAACAAGACACGUUAGGAAGGAGAAGGAAACCAGAAUGUACUGUAAGAUACUUUUUUUUCCCCUUUAAUUAAAUAUCAAAUGAGUUGAAAAGAGAAACAGAAACGUAACACAUUUGUCAUUGUUUGCCUUCCAACGCCAUCAUGAUCUAGCCAUGUAAAUUUAACAUUCUCUCGCUCUCUUUUGUACUUCUGGGGAGACGUUAUGAUCAUUUCUCUUUAUUUUGUCAAGGAGCUCUAGGUACAUGUAACUUAAGUCAUUUAUUUAUGUUCUUUUAUAUCUAGUUUGUAAAAUAAUAGCCUAAAGUGAAGUAAAUAAAGAGGUGACAAAGUGCACUCUUAUUAAAGUAGAAACCUGACCGUC